CCCCGCUCGGUCCCUCCCUCUGCUACCCGGAGAGGCCGCUCUGCUGCCGCCGCCGGGAGCGCCCCACGGAGCCGUCUCACGGAGUUGUAGCUGCUCGUCUCCCGGCCCGGCCCGGCCCUCCCGCCGCCCUGGGACUGGGGGACCUGCCCCAGCCGACCCGGCAGGAGGCGGAGGGGCUCGGCGGCCUCUGAGGUAGAAGUGUCUUGACAACCAAGCAAGAAGGUGGAUUAUUUUUAAAACAAUGCUUAGGCAUCUGUAGAGAUGAUUUGUGGUUCAGUCCAGCUGGAGCUGACUGAAUGAAGCUAUGGGCUGUGCGUCAGCCAAGCAUGUUUCUACUGUUCAAAAUGAAGAGGAAGCUCAGAAGGGGAAGAACUACCAGAAUGGAGAUGUAUUUGGUGAUGAGUAUAGGAUCAAACCAGUGGAAGAGGUCAAAUACAUGAAAAAUGGGGGAGAAGAUGAUCAGAAAGUAGCUGCCAGGAACCAGGAAAAUUUGGAAAAAAGUGCCAGUUCAAAUGUAAGACUUAAAUCUAACAAAGAGGUUCCAGGAUUAGUACAUCAACCCAGAGCAAACAUGCACAUCUCUGAAAGCCAACAGGAAUUCUUCAGAAUGCUAGAUGAGAAAAUUGAAAAGGGUCGUGAUUACUGUUCAGAAGAGGAGGAUAUCACAUAGUGCCAAUUCUGCCAAUCAAAACAGGAAUACUACUGUGUAAAUAGAUUACAACCCGGUCAAAAUCUUUUGGAAGUCUUCUAGAGUGAGCAGCACUACAUAGCAAAAGAAGAUCAUUUCCACAUUGUAUUCUCCAUUCAGUUACAGCGUUUCUUAAAAAAAACAGACAAGGAAUAUUGCUAAGAACUCGUAUGGAACUGUGUUUGUUGCUGCUAGUUAAAACUUGUUGCAACUUUUCACUUUUCUGUGUCCAGAUAUGCAGGAAAUCCUUAAAUUUAAUCUGAAAGACGCUGUUGAUUUUACUAAGGUUGCUGGCCUAUUUUCUAUUGGAUGAGGUAGUGUUAUACAAAACUUCCAUAACUGAACAGUCAAGCUUCUAAGAAAUCCUCAAGCUGUUUGUCAGUCCACAGAUGGGCUGGAGUGCUUAGUAUUACUGGUGAUUUCAGCCUUUGGAGAUGGGAUGUGUUUUGCCAUGACAGGCCUUGUUUCUCUACUGGGAAGAAGUUGAGAAAUUAUUGUCCGUUAAAAGCAUGUUAUCACACAAAUACUGGAAGUGAUGCAGGAGCAGAAAUUUGUAUUUUAAAGGGAAAAAAGUUUCAUUUAAUAGGUAUCUUAAUCAAGGACUAAGCUUACCGUAUUGGCUUUUCUGAAUGCGAAUGGAAGUGUGAUCACAAUCAUUUGAAUCCCUUUUUUCUAAGAAAAUAAACAUUUACUGUUUUUAUGUAUUCUUGUCUUUUACCAUUCAUACAGUUCCACCCUUUAUGAGUCUGGGGAACUUGGGAAGGCAAAGGCAGCCCUCUACAGUUCCAACUCCAAGAUGCUAACACUUUAAAGCACCUAUGCCCAUUUGAAAUGUCUGUUGUGUGUUCUGUAGAGUUUUAUUUUUCCGUAUUAUGCAAAAGAGUAUAUUAUCUUCUUACAGGCAGAUGUAAUAUUUUUAACAAAUAUUGUCAUGAGUAAAAAUAAUCUUAAAGGGGGGGAAACACCUUUUGUAUUUAUUCUUUUAAAGUAGUUAGGUAACUGUGCCUGUCUUUAUCUCUAUAUGACAGUGUGUAACCCCAAAAGAUGACCACACCAAGAAGAGAUUCUGUUUUUGUCAAUGUGCUACCAGGACACAGAGGUUUCUGUAUUAAGUUUGUUUCAGUGCUGUUUUGUUGGAUUAUAUAUGUGGAACAUACUGUGGAUUUUGAGAUAUAUUCAAGACAAGAUUUUCCAAUGACUACUGAUUUUAGGUGCUUCCAUUUUUUGGUGCCCAAUUUGAGGCAUCUUAAAGAUCCAUUAUUUUCAACUAGUCACAUUUGAAAAUCUUGUCUAAAGUUAUGAAUCCUGAGUAUUUGGAGUUGUGGAGGGCCAAUGAUUAAAGAGAUCUCCAGCAACAGAAUGCAGUGAUGCUAAGGGUAGAGUUAACAACCGGUAUGAAAAGGCUUUGUACUGUUUUGAAGUUAUAUCAUAGUGGAGCAAUUGAUGCUAUACUAUUGCUUGAAUGGUGUACAAUGCGACCCUCAAACUUUUCCCUGCUCUCUCUCUCUCUCUCCCUCCCCUCACUUCCUCAUUUUUCCCGCCAGACUUUUUCCUUUUUCUGACUAGAGAGCAGAGAUAAAAAGCAAUGAGGUAGAAUCACAUAUUCCACCACAUGUACACUCUUGAAUAGUCAACAUAGUAUAUUAAUACUUGUUACAUUUCAUCUUCACGCAGGACUGGUUCUAGAUGUCUGUAGCAAGAGUAAUAUGUCAGGAGGCUUUAAUGAGACUGCUAUAUCAAUCUGACUUUUUUUUUUUUU